GCCGGACGCGGGGUGAUGGCCGCGCUCCCCGGUGCCCGCCUGACUCACUCCUUCCGGUGCCACCCGCUCCUCACCGUCCCUUGUCCCGCCACCGGGCUCAAGCUGCUGCUCUUUCCUUCUCAGGACACAAGGGUCAAGGUCGCCCAGGAGCUGGGGAAGGGUCCCAGUGCGUUCAUCCCGCUGGGAGAGAUCCUGCAGGAGGGAGGGGAGAGCAGCGGGCGCCAGCUCCUCGAGGCCUUUGUGUCGGCGGGGAGGGUGGACAACAUCACCAUGGUGAUGGGGCUGCACCCCCAGUACCUCAGCAGCUUCUGGAAGACCCAGUACCUCCUGCUGAGGAUGGAUGGGCCCCUGCCCUACCACAAGCGUCACUACAUCGCCAUCAUGGCAGCAGCCCGGCACCAGUGCUCCUACCUGGUGGGUUUGCACAUGGGUGAGUUCCUGCAGGUGGGGGGGAACCCAGCCUGGCUGCAGGGGCUGCACUGUGCCCCCCAAAAACUCAGGAACCUCAACGAGAUCAACAAGCUGCUGGCUCACCGGCCCUGGCUCAUCACCAAGGAGCACAUCGAGGCUCUGCUGAAGACAGGGCAGGACAGUUGGUCGCUGGCAGAGCUGGUGCAGGCCCUGGUGCUCCUCACCCACUACCACUCACUGGCCUCCUUCGUCUUUGGCUGCGGCAUCAACCCCGAGGAGGAGCAGGACGGGGGGCAGAGCUGCCGGCCCCCCUCACCCCACACAGACAGCAGCACAGCUCCUGACGACACCAUGGGGGGCUCUGGGGGCAGAGAUGAUGUGCAGGAGGUGGAGGUGCUGAUGGAGAGGAUGAAGCUGCUGCAGGAGAGUCAGCUGGAGGAGGAGGGGGUCACGCAGGAGGAGAUGGCCACGCGCUUCGAGCUGGAGAAGACGGAGAGCUUGCUGGUGGCUCCCUCGGAUCUGGCCGAGCACUCCCUGCACUCCAACGUCCUCUGCUUCGUGGAGGACCCCGAGUUUGGCUACAAGGACUUCACACGGAGGGGUGAGCAGGCUCCCCCCACCUUCCGUGCACAGGAUUACACCUGGGAGGACCACGGCUACUCCCUGAUCAACCGCCUGUACCCUGACGUGGGGCAGCUGCUGGAUGAGAAGUUCCAGGUGGUGUACAACCUGACGUACCACACCAUCGCCAUGCACUGCGGCGUCGACACCUCCAUGCUGCGCCGCGCCAUCUGGAACUACGUGCACUGCGUCUUCGGCAUCCGCUACGAUGACUAUGACUAUGGGGAGGUGAACCAGCUCCUGGAGCGCAGCUUGAAGAUCUACAUCAAGACAGUGGCCUGUUACCCAGAGAAGACAACCAAGAGGAUGUACACACAGUUCUGGAGACACUUCAAGCACUCAGAGAAGGUGCACAUCAACCUGCUCUUGCUGGAGGCUCGGAUGCAGGCAGCUCUGCUCUAUGCCCUGAGAGCUGUCACCCGCUACAUGACCUGACCAGUCCCAGCUCCCUCCUCCUCCUCCUCCUCCCCAGGGCUGGGGGAAGGGUCAGGGGGGAGCUGGGGACCCUAAAGACUUUGCUGGAUUAUUGUCUCCCUGCCAUUGAGAGGCCUGGAGCUGUGGAAGGAAAGGAAAGGGGGAGCUUCCCUGCCCCUCACCCCAAGAGAGGAGACCCUCAAGCAGCCAUCAGUGCCAGAAAGCCCUUGGGGUGCUGCCCUGGGUUUGGCAGAGCUUGGAGUGCUCAGCUGCUCUGUGCCUUUCUCAGCCAACAAAGCCAAACUGGGGUGCCCAGGGGUGCUGCUGUGGCCGUGCAGAGCUGGUCUGCUCCUUCACCCCUGUGCCAUGUCCUGGCACCCACACUGUGGCCAUGGGGCACAGAGGUGGCCCAGGGGACUGUGGGCUUUGCCUCUGCUCCCUGGGGCCUCCAGCUGCCCGUGGGGAGCUGCCCUGGCACCCCAAGAAGCCUCUGCAGGAGUAGGGGGAAGGAUCUGGCCAUCCCCUCACCCAGCUGGGCAGCCCCUAGUGCCACCAGUCUCUGAGCUGAGUCCUCUCACAUCAGGAUCCACAGGGGCUUCUGCACCCAAGGGCCACAGGGACAUCUCUACCGUGGCUGGGGGUGCCCACACAGCCCCCACUGCCCCUCCCCAUGGACCCUGGCACCCCCAGCAUGGGAGCUGGUGUGGUUCAGCUCUUUCUGCCCCGAUUUGGGCUGUGAGAUGCUGGUGCAGGAGCAGGGGGGGGUGGGUCACGCUGCCUCUGGGGUGUUGGGACACCUUUUUCUUUGCAUCUCUGCUGUGGCAGAGCUGUGCUGGGGCCUGGGGCUGCCCCCUGUGCCCACCCUGAGGGUGAUGGGGGGCACAAGGGGGGUGCCAGAGCAUGUUGGAGCGGCGCAGGUCGCCGGGGUGGUGCCUGGGGAGGGAGAGACCCCUUGCUCCCAGCAGCAUCCCCCACUCUGGGCUUGUCUCUGCUGAUCUGUAGCUCCAGUUAAGUUAUUUCUGUGGGUUUGAAGUGUGUGUCCUGGUGCCUGGGCUCAGGACCUGCCCCUGGGCCUUUGCCACACCAUCUUGUCUGAAUAAUUAAAAUUGUUCUCUUUUUUUUA